GGUGGUGUUAAAUGAAACUUGACAAAUGCUCACAUCCGACAACCAAACAUUUGAAAGUGAAAUUUGCUGUCAAGAAUUUUAACAAUGAAGCUAAAACUAACGUAGCUGCGAUGCUCAGAAGCGAUCGGAUGACGUUCUGCGAGAUGUAUCUGCAACCGGAAGCUGCGUACGAUAUACUGUCACAACUCGGCGAGAUGAGCUGCGUGGAGUUCUUGGAUCUGAAUACCGACAUGCAACCUUUUCAAAGGCGAUACGUCGCGGAAGUGUGCCGCUGCGCGGAGAUGGAGCGCAAGCUGCGCUACAUGGAAUCUGAGAUGACUAAAGAUGGCAUUGACGUAGCUGAGUACGCUGAGGAGCCGAGAGCCAUGCAGCCAAACGAAAUGAUGACGUAUGAGAACUUGCUAGAAAAAUGGGAGGAGGAUGUGUCCGAAAUGUCAACUAAUAUGACCAAUUUGAUGAAGAGUUUUCUAGAAAUCACAGAGAUGUACUACAUGUUAAGUAGUGUGGGGCCUAUGCUCGGGGAUGCUGACAUGAAAAAAGAAUCUAUGAUAUCCAGUAAAAGAGGUGCUGGCGACAUAGGACCUGGUGGCCGACUGGCGGUCCUGACAGGAGUUGUGAAGAGGAAGAGAUCUUUUCCACUUGAGAUGAUGUUAUGGAGAAUUUCCCGAGGAAAUAUUUACUAUCGACAAGCCCCGAAAGAUAAAAUCCUACAGGAUCCUUUCACAGGAAAGGAAAUCAGAAAAGUGGCUUUCCUAGCAAUUUGUCAAGGAGAACAGCUGGAGAAUCGGAUGUAUAAGGUGUUUAAUGGAUUCCGAGUGAAUACGUACCCAUGUCCCAAGAUGUCGAGCGAGAGGGACGACAUGAUGUACAUUUUGGACACACGACUAUCAGAUUUGGAACAGAUUUUUCAAGCGUUACUACCUUAUCACUCUGCGGUUUAUACCAGAAAUACUGAUGUUAAUGUGUCUGUUACUUUGGUUGGUGUUUUUAAUUUACUUCAAGUGGUUCAAAUAUGGUCCCAAAGGAAGUGUAAAGCUGGACCCGACUUGUGCUCCGCAAAUCCUGAUCCUGUUCAUUGAUAUGUUCCUGUGGGCGCAAUCGAAGCCGCCGCAAGAGGAGUGCGACGCAUACAUGUUUGGCAUGCAGCACGAGAUCCAAGAGAUCCUAGUUAUAAUAGCAGUCUUGUGUGUACCCAUGAUGCUGUUCGGAACGCCUGUGUACAUGUACUUUCAUAAUAGGAAGAUGCAGAGGGAAGCUUAUAAAAAGAUCAGUAGCUUCAGAAGAUAUCAGAGCAGUCCAUCGAAUCGAAACUUGGAGGAGCUCAUAAUUGCUGAAGCUAAUAAGUACACCACCUCGUUUGCCGAGCUGAUGAUCCACCAGGGAGUCCACACCAUCGAGUUCGUCCUCAGCACAAUCUCUCACACCGCCUCGUACCUUCGCUUGUGGGCUUUGUCGUUGGCACACGCUCAGUUAGCCGACAUGCUUUGGGGCAUGACCUUAUCGAAAUUGGCGUUGAGAGAGCAUUCAAUCAAUGGAGCCGUCAAAUUGGUUGUGAUCUUCGGGAUGUGGGCCACGUUCACGGUCAGCAUCCUAGUCGUGAUGGAGGGGCUAUCGGCGUUCCUGCACACUUUGAGGCUGCAUUGGGUGGAGUUCAUGAGCAAAUUUUAUGCUGGCGAGGGACACCCAUUCCAUCCGUUCUGCUUCAAGACCAUAUUGGGUGGCGAUGCUGAAAAAGCCGAGCCCUCUUACAAAAAAAAAUAAACAGCAUUGUUCUAAAGACGCUACAUCUGUAAAAUAGUUGUUUCACUUUUAAACAUAGAAUAAAGAGUUGUUACUAAUAGAA